AUGACCGUAAAAAAUCGCAAAAGAAUCAAAGCUCGGGACUCCUCUCCCACGCCAGAACCAGGCCACCAGAGUCCUUUGGUCAACGGCAAACACAACCACAACCACAAUCAUGUUUCACAACACAGUCGAUCUUCCAAAUCGUCAAAAAAUGAGGCCAGUGACAGGAAAAAAAAAACUUGGAAAGAAUCGCGACGUAUCGUAUUCUCGCUAGGUGCAAUUCUCGGUCUGGCCAUUGCGAUCUACGCUGGCGCUAUGGGUGGCAAGUCCAAUGCAGCGCUUUUCGAAAAUUUUGUGAGUUUCGAGUCGUUUCAAGACUACGUGGAUGACUGGAAAGAUGUGCUUCCUCAAAGCUUCACAUCCUUAAUCUCGGACUUUCAGCAGCGCAGCACACACUCGACGUCACACAAGGACCUCACAGAAAGCUUUGCCGUUGGCAAACAAUUGCAUCAAGAAUUCAAUCUCCACGAUAAGCACCCUGUAAUUAUGGUACCUGGAGUCAUUUCCACCGGCAUAGAGAGCUGGGGGCUCUACGGGGAUGACGAAUGUCCUUCAGAACCGCAUUUCCGUAAGCGUCUAUGGGGGUCCUUUUACAUGCUGAAGACAAUGGUUCUCGACAAAGUAUGCUGGCUGAAGCACGUCAUGCUGGAUCCAGAAACCGGGCUGGACCCCGCAAAUUUCACCAUGCGUGCAGCGCAGGGAUUCGAAGCCUCGGACUUUUUCGUGGCUGGAUAUUGGAUCUGGAACAAAGUCUUGCAAAAUUUGGGCGCCAUCGGGUAUGAACCCAAUAAGAUGGCUGCUGCAGCAUACGAUUGGCGUUUAGCAUACUUGGACCUCGAACGUAGGGAUAGCUAUUUUUCCAAGCUCAAACAAAAAGUCGAGCUGGACUACAAACUAACAGGCGAAAAGGCAGUCUUGGUAGGCCAUUCGAUGGGUUCACAGAUCAUCUUCUAUUUCCUGAAGUGGGUCGAGGCUGAGGGUCCACUUUAUGGCAAUGGUGGGGCCGGCUGGGUUGAUACAUACAUCGAUUCUUUUGUCAACGUGGCAGGCACGCUGUUGGGUGUUCCUAAAGCCGUUCCUGCUUUGAUCAGCGGAGAAAUGAAGGACACAAUUCAGCUCAAUGCGUUGGCCAUGUACGGACUUGAAAAGUUUUUCAGCAGAAAGGAAAGACUGGACAUGAUUCGAACAUGGGGCGGUGUGCCAUCGAUGCUACCCAAGGGAGGAUCUUUGAUAUGGGGUGACCAUCAAUUAUCGGUCGAAGACUCGUCUUUAAACUCGACUUCGUCGUAUGGGAGCUUCAUCAAAUUCGAGAAUAAAAACGAAAAUCCGUUCCAUCAAAACGGCUUUACCAUGAGCGAGGCGCUGGAUCUUCUGUCGGAAAUUUCCCCGCCAUGGCUACGCAAACGUAUGGUCGAUCAAUACUCAUUUGGUUACGCCAAGACUGAGGAGGAAAUGCAGGAAAACGAGCGUCAUCAUUCGCACUGGAGCAAUCCAUUGGAAGUGCCGCUACCGAAUGCGCCAAAUCUUAAAAUCUAUUGCAUUUACGGUGUUGGAAACCCUACUGAGCGUGCCUAUGUCUACAAACAGGACCACGAAAGUUCGGAGCUUAACUUUACCAUAGAUUACGAGUAUCACCAACCCGUGACAUUAACGGAUGGAGAUGGAACAGUUCCACUAGUGACUCACGCGAUGUGCCAGAAAUGGGCUCAAGGCCAGAGUCCUUAUAAUCCUGGGAAUUCUUCUGUCAAGGUGGUCGAAAUCAAGCAUCAGCCUGAUCGAUUCGAUAUUAGAGGUGGGGCUAAAAGCGCAGAACACGUUGAUAUUUUGGGGAGUGCAGAACUGAACGAAUACAUAUUGAAAAUUGCCGGAGGCAUUGGAGACACUAUAGAGUCCCGUUCGAUCUCAAACAUGACUCAGUGGGUAAGUGAAAUGCCGUUUCCCAUGUAA